AUGACGAGCAGAGUUCAACUACAAGAAGUAGUCAAACAGUACGAACAUAUCUUUAAUGAUGUGCCCGGUAACGCUAAUAUUAUUGAGCAUGAAGUUAAACUUACAGCAGACGAGCCUAUCCGGUCAAAACCGUAUACGAUUCCUUAUAAUGUUAGAGAAUCAUUAAAGAAAUAUUUUCGAGAUAUGAUUAACGAACGAAAGACGGCACUAACAGAGUUUGCGUCGACUUCCACAAGUAGAAUUGUGUUACCGUGUUUGAUCCAACACCGAUGCCUACGGCAGAAGAGAUAAUCCAGAAAAUGUCGAAAGCCAAAUAUCUUACCAAUUGGAUCUGAGCAAGAGCUAUUGGCAAAUUCCAGUAGUCACUGAGGAUAUUCCUAAAACAGCGUUCGUGACCCCCGAUGGUUCAUAUGAAUUCGUCAGAAUACCUUUCGGGAUGACGAAUUCUGCCGCGACUCUGGUGUGAGGUAUUAGGAAGUUGUUAGACGAUCUUGAUAAAGCUGACAUCGAUGACGUUAUAGCGAGGUUUGGCAAUGGCGACGCGACGUCAAAGACGACGAGAAAAUGGCGUGAUAUGCCCAUCUAUGGAUGUGCACACGCCAUUUUUACGCCAUUUCCACGUCGUCUUUGACGUCGUGUUGUCUUUGCUAAACCUAGCUACUAUCUACACAGAGACGUGGGAACAACAUCUUGUCGGGUUUGACGAAGUGUUCAGUAGACUUGCCAGCGCGGGUUUUACGGCGAGACCGACGAAGUGUGUCCUAGGAGCUGAAAGUAUCGAAGUAAGUUGGUCACCGAAUAUCUGAUGGAGUCAAAGGGCUCCACGAAGAUAAUGUGAAGAAGAUUAAAGAUGCGUAGUGACCGAGAACGAAGAAAGGGUUUAAAGCAUUUCUUGGCCUUACUGGUUAUUACUGAGAGUUCAUUCCAAAUUACGCGGCGAAGGCGGUUCCGUUGUCAGACCUGACCAACAAGAGUCAACCAAACCAAGUCGUAUGGUCCGAUGCACAAGAAAAGGCCUACAGCGCACUAAAAACAGAGCUUACGAGUUUUGCGAUCCUCUGGCUGCCUGAUAACACGAAACCAUUUACACCAAGAACUGAUGCAUCUGACACAGGACUCGGAGCGGUAUUAUUGCAGGAGCAUGAUGGUAAACUUUCGCCAGUUACUUAUGCUAGCAGGAAACUAACGGAAAGCGAUUUCUCAACGACAGAGUUAUGA